CGGCUCCCUCACGAAAUGGCGGCGGCCGAAUCGUUCCUCGCCUUCAACCCCGCGGCCCGGCCGGGCCCCGCCGCCGCCUCUCGGCGCCGCUACCGCGGGCCCCGCAACCGCAAGAAGGGCUGGAAGCGCUGGAGCGGCCCCGAGGCGCAGCUGGGCCGCGAAAUCGGCGAUUUCCUGGAGGAUGUGGGGCUGCAGGAGCGAGCGGCGGGGGGCCUGAUCUCGGAGCAGCCCGAUGAAGGCCUUUUCUUCGUGGAUAAAGGAACCGCUCCUAAAGGUCGGCGCCCUAAAAAACCUCCACAAAAACCUCUUCACGUAGACCUGGUGCUGCAGCCGCUUUCCAAAGUGCCUCCGCCAAAAAAUAUUUGCGCCCAUCAGACGCCGAACGGGCGGAAGGAAAAACGGCGCCGUCAAUUUUGGGAGAAAAAAGCAGAAAAAGGAAUUUUCCCCCGAGAGGAAAGAAAGCUCAGAGCCAGGCUCAACCGAGAAGGAGACCCCAAAAAAUCCCCAAAAUCCCAAAAACCCCCCGAGCUGGGACGUUCUGACCCUCACAGGGAUUUUUAUGACAUCUGGGGGGAGCACAAUCCUCUGGAUGCUCCUCUGGCUGGGCAGGAUCCUUGGUUCCUUCAGCAGACGAAAAAAAUGCCGGUGCAGCGCCCCCCCCGGCUCCAGGUGAAACCUUCCCCCCUCCCCCCCGUGGAGGUGAUCGGCCAGGGGGGCUCCUACAACCCCCCCUUCCAGGACCACCAGGAGCUUUUGCUGCAGGCGCUGCAGGUGGAGCUGAGGAGGAGCAGGGAGGAGCAGAAGGUGGAGAGGAGGCUCGAGGUCACGGGGGAGCCGCCCUCACAGGAGUCCGUGCUGCAGGAGCAGCUCCAGGGGCUGCUGGAGGAGGAGGAAGAGGAGGAAGAGGAAGAAAAAGAAAAAGAAAAUGAAAAAGAAAAAGAAGAGAGAGAACAACCCCGGAAACGGGAACAGCCCGGCAGGAAAACGGAGAAACAGCGACGGAGAGAGAAGGAGCAGAGAGAAAAGGACAAUGACAAGGCCAGAGCUCGUGUGGUCACCCUGCAGCACCAGGCCCUGUUCCAGCUGCGCUCUCUGCGCCGCUCUCUGCGCUUCCGGGACCUGGAGCUGCGGCGCCGGCGGCUCCUGAGGGAACGGAGACGGAAAAUUCUGGAAACGGCCCCGAAACGGCUCGGGAGGCAAAGGUACGAGGAUCCCGGGCCCGAGGUGCAGCUGAGCGAGGAGCUGCCAGAGAGCCUCAGGGGGCUCAGGCCCGAGGGCAGCGUGCUCCGCGAUCGCUUCAAGAGCCUCCAGAGGAGGAACCUGAUCGAGCCCCGAGCCAGAGCCAGGUUCAAGCGGCGCUACCGGGUCAAGUUUGUGGAGAAAAGAUCCUUCAGGGCUGUGACGCUCUGACCAGGAAAACCCAAAAAAAAAACAAAAUAAAAA